AUGGGCGGGGUGGGUAAAACUACUCUUGCUAGACUUUUGUAUGAUGACAAAAAAGUAAAGAAUCUCUUUGAACUAAAUGCAUGGGUUAGUGUUUCAGAUGAGUUUGAUAGCUUUAAUGCAAGUAAGGUUAUCUUUCAAUCAGUGACAGGGGUAAACAAAGAAUUUGCAGAUUUAAAUCUGCUUCAAGUAGAUCUUACAGAUCACCUCAGGGGGAAAAUAUUUCUAUUGGUAUUAGAUGAUAUAUGGAUUGAAAAUUAUGAGGAUUGGGUAACCCUAGUUGGCCCGUUGCAUGCAUGUGCUCUUGGAAGUAAAAUCAUCAUAACAACACGCAAGGAGCAAUUGCUCAAAAAGUUGGGUUACGGUCAUCUUAACCAUCGGUUGCAAACCUUGUCACCUGAUGAUGCUCUCUCUUUACUUGCUCUACAUGCAUUAGGUGUGAAAAACUUUGAUUCACAUUUGUCACUCCAAAAACACGAUGAAGGUAUUGUGAAAAAAUGUGAUGGCUUGCCUUUAGCUUUGAUAGCACUUGGGAGAUUAUUGAGGACAAAAAAAUUUGAAGAAGAGUAUUGGAAUGAAGUGUUAAAUAACGAGAUAUGGAGGUUACAAAAUGGAGGUGGAAUCAUCCCGGCUCUUAGACUAAGCUACCAUGAUCUUUCUUCAUGUUUGAAGCAACUGUUUAUAUAUUGUUUCUUAUUCCCCAAGGACUACAUGUUUGAGAAGGAGGAACUCGUUCUAUUAUGGAUGGCAGAAGGGUUUUUGCACCAGUCAACUCCAAGCGACACAACAUAA